CAGUUCUCCUCGGCCUCAUCUCCUAAACUUUAUAGUUGUAAGUACAAAUGUACUACCAGGAUCAGUACCAUUGGCAUGAGCUCUGAGGUUGGUGGCUGAGAAUCAGAUUGUGGUGAGACUGCAUAUACAUGCAGUCUGGAGUCUGAGCAUGCAGUAGAGGAACUGGGCUGACAAUCAGUCUGGAGUCUGACUCUGAGCAGUAGUAGAGGAACUGGGCUGAUCUUGGUCUCUUAUCUUGGAUUGCAGAAGCAAGCAAGGGGGUUUCUGGGCAACUAGGAAACCAUUAAGCUACGCCCCUGGUGUGGGUGGUGUGUGGUGGAGAACAAGUGCUCUUGUCAGACGCAGUGCCAGAACUCCAGUAUUUCUAGUAGAUGGACACAGGACAAUGCCAACUGUUUCACUGCUGCUACUGCAUGUGGAGCCUAUGCAACUUGUGCUUGACCUUGAGAUUCUUGCUACUGAGCUCACAAUGACUCUGACCUCCCCUGGCCUGCCUAACCCCCUUCCUGGAGAGAACAUCUCUUGUCAUCUGGCGGACAGUGAAGGACGUUUCCUACCCAUCAUAGUAUCUGCUGUUGAGGUCAUGCCGGGAACAGUGUUCAGUUGUGAUAUUGAAGGACUCAUGGUACCUGACUACCCUGGAAUGACUGCAACCAUCAAGCUGGGCUUUCAGAGCUCUCUCAAUGAGCCAUUCGAUAUCACCAACCAAGCACUCACCAUUUUCAAUUGCUCAGCAGGAGAAAGCUGUAAGGAUUGCCUUGGGCUGAAUAGUCCGUGUGGAUGGUGUAAUCUCAACAAGCAGUGCAGUGCAACAUCAGCUCCUUGCAGGAAUGUAUCUCACUUCCUACAGUUGUCUGGAGGCAACAACUUCACUGCUGAGUGCCCCCUAUUAGACACGCCCCCCCUCUGGUGGGUACACUCAACCAGUAAGGGUGGCCCAGAACAUUCGACUGACCACCAGGAACCUCAUACCCGCCACGGAUGGCUUUGAGUACUAGUGAAUGGAGUUAGUCUGACAGCUCAGUAUGAGAACGAGAGCUCCAUCCUGUGUACAGUGGGCAGUGGACAAUUCGGCACACUUUCCCCUGGUGUUGGAAGUUUCCCUGUGGUUGUUAUGGUAACCUGGACGGGAAUGAUAUCAACCAAACACUGAGCAACACCAUGUCAGUGACGUUGUAUGAUUGUCGUGACUUGGCCAGUGGAUAUUUGGAAUGUAUUGCAGUCAGAAUGGGGUCAGAGUUCGCAUGUGGGUGGUGUGGAGGUAGUUGUGAGGUGAUGCAAGAGUGCUCCAAUACUUUCAUUACUGAGAGGAACAAUCCUCCUGCCCCUGUCAUCAACUCAUUCACUCCAAUGUCGGGACCAGUUGAGGGUGGUACAGCAAUCACUGUGAUGGGUACUGACUUCGAAGGAACUUUUUUCGACAUUCAGAACUCUACCCUUACAUUAGGAGGGGUGGCUUGCACUCUCCUCAACACUGGUUACAUACCAUGGCACCAGUUUGUGUGUGAGACAACCAAUUGGAUAACAGAAGGGUCAAAAGUCUUCUCUCUGACAAUUGGCUCUAGAGUAGCCAUUGUAAACGGUGGCUCCUACACUGCGGUGGCUCCUACUGUCAGCAGUGUGACUCCGACCUUUGGACCCAUGGCUGGGGAACUGCAGUAGUUGUGAGGGGGACUGCACUGGACGUGGGUAAUCAGGAGGACACUAGAGUCUCUCUGGAGAUCAGUGGGUCAAUUUACGUUUGCAACAUAUCAUCUAUCGAGUCUGAAGAGAUUAAUUGCAGGAUCUCAGCAGCAAACUGCAUCUCCGAUGCUUUGGUGGUGGUGUCCAUUGAUGCAGCUAGAGUCAGCCAGCCAUCCAAGAGUGGUCUUCAGUUAUCGUAACAACCCUAAUUAAUGUGACUGCUGUGUUUCCUAGCAACACCAUUCCUAGUGGAGGCAUCACACUGACCUUUACUGGAAUGAAUUUGGACGUGGUACAACAGAUUGUUUUGGAGGUCUACCACCAGCCAAUGGGGGCUCCUCUGAGGAGCAACUGCAGUGCUAUGGACAAUACAACCAUCACAUGCUCCACUCCUACCCUGAAGACAGCCUCACUGACCCCAUUGGACUACGCUCUAAUGUUUGACGAUGUCCCGCCCACCACACAAGCACGUCUCCCCAUCAGCGUCCAAUCAGAUACAUCCAACUUUAGAUUAGAAACCUCACAAGAUAUCACCAGUGGCACAGAGACCCUCAUACGCAUUGCGGGUGAUAAUCUCGACUCAGUGGAGACCAGUGAGAUACGAGUGACAGUGGGAGGGGAGGAGUGUGUCAAGACACCUGGCAGCUUGAGAGGGAGUGAAGUCAUCUGUACCGCCCCCUUGGAGCCACCGAAAAGAGAAAACCCAGCCAUUAUACAAGUGACUAUUGGGAGCAAUAUUGCUCAAGUAUUAGACCAGCAACUGACGUACACAAGUCCUGUGGCUGCUGGAACUUCACUGGAGGUCAUCAUCCCGAGUGUUUUUGGGGGGGCUAUAGUGGUAGUGUGUGUAAUGCUGAUCAUCUUUGUCAGUUUCUAUCUCAACUCUCGGAAGAAGACCGUGUCAAUUGCUAUGCAUGAGCAGAUCAUGGAGCUCGUAGCUAAUAGGAGAAGUCAGGAGGUAGAUCUAGUAGACGGCAAUACUGCACUCGUUAAAUCAGAACUUGUUGAGAUUGCUGAGUCCAUCCCAGACUCAAUGAAAAUAGUUGCCUCAAAAUUGAAGCUCUCCAGUACUGCAAUCGGACAAGGUGAAUUUGGCAUUGUGUACAAGGGCGUCCUGACAGAUUGGAACAAUGUACCUAUGCAGGGGGUGGCUGUGAAGACACUAAAAGGUCUGUUCUCAUUGUCAGAUGUUCAGAGCAUGGUGUGUGAGGUGAACAAGAUGCAGGAAUUCGACCAUCCUCACGUCAUGUCCCUGAUUGGGGUGUGUCUAGAUGCUGGUCCCGGCAUUGCCAUAGUGAUGCCAUAUAUGGCCAAUGGGAGCCUCAUUGGCUAUCUCAAGAGAGAGAGGAGCAGUCUGGAGCUGGACAUUGACUGUGAAAUUGAUCAGAUUCUGGAAGUAAGGAAAUUACUUCUAAAGAUGUGCCGUCAGAUAGCACUGGGAAUGGCCUACUUAGCUGAACAGAAGUUCGUCCAUCGAGACCUUGCAGCCAGAAACUGCAUGCUGGACUCGGGAGGGGGUAUCAGGGUGGGGGACUUUGGUCUGGCUGAAGACGUCUAUGCUAGUGGCUACUUUAGACAAAACGACCGAGCCAAUGUGAAGCUGCCCUUCAAAUGGAUGGCCUUGGAAAGUCUCAACGAUGCCAUCUUCACAGAGAAAACCGAUGUGUGGUCAUAUGGUGUGACUGUGUGGGAGGUAUUCAAUGGAGGAAGGACUCCCUACCCUGCCGUGGACCCGUUGUCCCUCAUCCAGCUGCUGGGGGAGGGGCAGAGACUCAAGAGACCUAUCAACCCAGCCUGUGCCACCGAGAUUUGUGAAUUGAUGCGUCAAUGUUGGAAGGAGGAUCCCGAGGAGAGGCCAACCUUCUCACAACUGUCCGCCAUUUUGGAAAGGCUACUGACUUCCAUUUCUGGCUAUACUGAGCUCGGUAUGGUGCUACUGAACACAAUUCAAGAGGUGGAGCAGCUCAAAUGUGACUGUGAACCCACACUUACUGAUCAAAAAGACGCUCAUCGCUAUGUCGACCCUCCGUCAGGUUAUCCGCUAACAAUUAAAAACAGAAUGUACGACCUCAGCUAGGGAAUAAAUUAAUUACUACCACAGCUAUAACUAUAAUAGUUAUGAGGUAAAGGCCGAAUGUACGUGUUUCCGGUAGAGUAGUAAUACAACUCAAUAAUUGGUGUUACCAUUAGAUACUUUAUACAUCAUACAUGUACACAUGCAUGCAGUAUCAAAGUGUUUACACAAUGCAA